AGCACACGUCAAUAAACCGCCGACGUGGCUUCUUAACAACGUGAAAGAGCUCAAUUCGGAACAUACGUUGGGAAUAAGCAUGAUGAAUAAGUAUAUCGCCCAGGCCCAGCAGAAAAUGGGACAACGGAAGACCCAACAGAGCUACCAGUUCCCUGGUAUACAAUACGAUAGGCUAUUCAGAUCUGACUCUCUGCAUGUUGGCGAUGGAAGCUGUACAGGUUGUGACGAGAGUGCAAUCGAUUGGAGUCGUCUGGAUAGAGACGAACCAUGUGUCCACUUUGGGUUGAUUGGAUCGGGGGCGAGGUCAUGCGGUCAGCAGAAAUGCGCGAUCACCUGCGAAAUGAGCGAAACAUCUUGUGUUUUGAAACGGAGGCUGCUGGGUUAAUGGACAACUUCCCCUGUCUGGUAAUAAGGGGGAUAUCUGACUAUGCAGACAGCCACAAGAAUGACUUCUGGCAAGGAUAUGCAGCCAUCACUUCUGCUGCAUAUGCAAAAGACCUGCUUCGCGUCAUGAACGGGGGGAAUGUUCAAAACGUUGAGCCUGUGGUCGCGGUGAUUGAGAGAUUUUCUCAAGCCGUAGCAUCAAUCGAAGACAAUGUAUCUGCAAUGAGAACAAUCCACGACAAGGAGAAGAAGGACAAGAUCCUGAGUUGGCUCUCUCCACUGACACACAGCGACGAGCAGACUGCGCACAUGGACAAGAGGGCCGCCAACACUGGCAAAUGGUUUUUAGAGUUAACUGAAUUCCAAGAACUGGUCAAUGGCUCCAACGUCACCGUCUACUGCCAUGGGAUUCCUGGGGGUGGCAAAAGCAGCCUGGUCUCUCUGGCCAUCGAUUACCUCUACAAGCUUCGGCGCCAGCGCGAGGGGCUGGGCAUUGCGUAUCUGUUUUUCAGUUUUGAUCGCGGGACUAUGCAGUCUCUGCCUAACCUAAUCGCGGCUCUAGCAAAACAGUUUGCGAUGCAGUUCCCUAGCCUGCCCCAGGUUGUCGAGGAGUUUUACGAGACGCACUCUAGCCAACAACGCCGUCCAUCCAUCCGAGAACUGAUUCUAUUGUUAAAGCAGUUGAUCAAUGGGUUCAAGACUAGCAUUAUCGUUCUCGAUGCCCUUGACGAAUGCAUGGAUUCCAGUGAAACCCUGGGCAAGUUUAUGCAAAUCCUCUUCCAGCUGCAGAAUGAGAAUAAGGAGAUGGCAACGAAUAUUCUAGCCACUUCGAGGAUUAAUCAUAAUAUCAAGACUCUGUUCAACAAGUCUCCCUACAUCAUCGAGAUCCGUGCACGGGACGAUGAUCUUAGGGAAUAUCUUGACGCCGAACUAGAGACUGUCCAGCAGGAUAAGCUUGACGGAGGUUUGCGGGAACAAGCUCGCGAUAAUAUAAUCCGUGCAUCUGAUGGAAUGUUCCUCGUUGCGCGGCUCUCUGUGAACCACGUUCGGACACUGCCCACGAAAGGACACAUCCGGGAUGCAAUCAAUAACCUAUCCCACGGUCUACACGAGCUGGACCACUUAUAUUCCGCCGCUUUACGGAGGUUGGAGAACAAAGGGGAGCAUACACGAGAGCUGGCGAAGCACAUUCUGGCUUGGAUUGUACACGUGAAAAGGCCUCUUGUGACCGAGGAGCUUCAGCACGCCCUUGCGAUACGACCAGGAACCAACGCACUGGACAGAGAGCUUAUCAGUGACUAUUUUUCAAAUAUUGGGCAUCUGCAAUCGGUAUGCGAAGGGCUGGUGGAGGUUGACAAGCACAAUAACAUCCGCCUGGCACAUCACACGACAUAUGAAUACUUUGGACGACUACAAGCCGACUGGAUAACAACCGCCGAAUCUCACGUCGCCAGGAUGUGUUUAACGUACCUGUCAUAUGAAAUAUUUGGCAGAGACGUUGGUUCAGCCGAGUUGGACGGCAGAGCUCAGCUGAUUGAAUAUCCAUUCUAUCAGUAUUCCGCCCAGUACUGGGGGUAUCAUAUCCGGAAUGCUGCCCUGGAUGGCAGUGACCUCGUCCUAAGCUUCCUCACAAACAAGAAUAAAUUUCGAACUAGCUGCGAGGCCAUGUUAAGCCUCAAACACCCAUUCCACGACGAGGAAAUCGAUGAGCUUGGACUGAGAGACGCUCCGGCACUCCAUGUAGCGGCAUGGUUUGGGCUCGAAGGGUCACUUCAACGCCUGAUUAGUCUGGGGAGUGAUCCAAAUACCAAGGACUGGCGAGGAGGCACGCCACUUAUUUGGGCGGCCAUUGGUUCGCAGCAGUCCACUUUUAGCUCGUUACUGGGCAAUGACCAAGUUGAUGUAAACGCCUGCAAUCUUGAUGGGGCAACAGCAUUGCACGAGGCAGUCAGCCAGGGACAAGAGAGUAUGGUUCAGCUCUUGGUUGAAAGGAGCGAUAUCAAUGUGAACCAAAGAGACAUGUUCCAGGCCACGCCUCUUCAUCUAGCUUGCAUGCACAAUCAGGUCGCAGUUGCCAGGAUCAUAGCGUCAUCUGGCAAGGCAGCCCUAAACCUGCGGGAUUGCGAUGGCUGGACACCCUUGUUCUUGUCUGUCAGCAACAACGACGCCGACACGGCCAACGUGAUUAUUGAAGCUGGGGGCACCGAGAUAAAUUUCAGGGAUGCGCACGGCCUACCGCCGCUUGUGGAGGCAGCGUAUCGAUGUUCAAAUCUGGUCUUUGACCUGUUACUAAAAGUGGAUGGAGUCGACGUUAAUUUCGCAAGUGCCCGUAGUGGCACAGCAUUGUAUGCCGCAGCGAUGCUUGGGCGUGAAUAUAUUGUCACCCGUCUUCUAAAUAUGCCGGGAAUUGAUGUAAAUCCAAGCGAGGAGAUAUUGAUGACACCAUUGAUCGUGGCAAUAUUGAUGGGCCAUGUUCCCAUCGUCAGGUUACUCCUGGAUACCGGGAAGAUUGAUGUGAAUGACACUAGCUGUUCUAUCAGAACACCUCUUAUGCGCGCGGCAGCUGCAGGACAAGAAAUAAUUACUCGGCUCCUAUUACAGGAAUACCACGCGGACGCUACGAGGCAGAGCACGGAUGGGGCCACGGCACAGACAGUAGCAAGAUUGCAUGGCCACCUCUCUAUUGCGAAUAUGUUGGAAGAUUGGAUUCAGAGCACUCGCCGGCCCAGAACGCCUGCCAAUGGUGCUCAUUUAACAGGCCGACUUGAUAAUAUAGAUGAGGAACAUCGCUCCUCCGGGCCGGAAACCUACGAAGAAAGGAAUGAUAUAAGCCAAGCUACGUCGCUUUGUCCUAUUCAGAAACCGGAUCUGACCUGGGAGCUUGUAAGGGCUAUAUUAAAAGGCAAUACAGAAGAUCUUGAGGUUCUCCUUAACCAGGGAGUAGGAGUGGACUAUUCAAUUGAUGCACACGGAACCACUUUGCUCAUGUUAGCCAUCAUAGCCAACCAGGCAGCGGUGGCUAUUAUCCUCCUCGAAAACCAUGCAGAUCCGAAUAUCACGGAUUCCCGAGGGACAAGUCCACUGCAUUUUGCUCUCAACACGAGAAACACGCAGCUGGCCCAGAUCUUACUGAAGUACGGUGCCGACCCCAAUGCGCGCCAUGGCAUGGGUCUGACACCACUAGCAGCUGCAAUCGACUUUGAAAGCGCCCAAAUGGUGACUUGCCUACUGGAUAGCGGCGCCGAUCCGUACGAGUGCGUGUUUCCAGGGCUCCCCCUCUUGGCUUUUGCUAUAAUGUUGAAAAAUGAAGAAGUUGCCAUGGCACUCCUCUCCCAUGAUCUGGUGGACCUUGGACUCCGAAACGAGCUGAAUAUAAGCCUUGCUGUGCUGGCAUUGAAACAACGACGUGGCCCAGUUUUUAAGAAGAUUUUCCGCGCAUUAUGUUCCUCGGGCGAAGGGCAGGUGGUAUGAAUGUACGUACGGCUGCUCGGAUCUGCCACUUCAGGGAUCAUUGGCCUUGCAUUGCUUACCUUGUAUUUGCCCCCACAAUGUAUAUUAGACGGCGCCUUGACAUGACUCUGUCCCACUUGCCGAUUUGACUCGUGGGACACGAUAGGUAACCCUAC